AUGGAGAAAAAUAGCACUGAUGUUAUUAACAGCUCUCUUCUGGAGAAUACUAAACUGUUUGAGCCACAGGAUGGAAAUCCCAACCAAACUGUCCUCCACACCCGAGAUGAAGAACUUGCCAAGGCUGAGAUUGGAGUUCUGGCUGGUAUCCUGGUGGUGACUAUGGUGGGAAACCUGGGAGUCCUUCUGGUCAUGUACAGGCUAAGGAAGAAGAUGAGCCGCAUGCACCUUUUUAUCCUGCACCUGGGCCUGACUGACCUUGGGGUGGCACUCUUCCAGGUCCUUCCCCAAAUGAUUUGGGAAGUAACCUAUCGCUUUCAGGGUCCUGAUCCUCUUUGCCGAGCUGUCAAGUACCUGCAAGUGCUGAGUAUGUUUGCCUCCACCUACAUGCUCAUUGCUAUGACCCUGGACCGCUAUAUGGCUGUGUGCCAUCCUCUACGAACUCUGCAGCAGCCCAGCUGCCAGGCUUACCUGAUGAUUGGAAUCACUUGGUUGGUCAGCUGCUUGCUUAGCUUGCCUCAGAUCUUUAUCUUCUCAGUGAGAGAGGUGCGCCAAGGCUCUGGCGUGCUGGACUGUUGGGCGGAAUUCAAGUACCCUUGGGGAGCUAAAGCCUAUGUUACGUGGAUGACCUUGUGUGUCUUUGUGCUGCCUGUGGCUAUCCUUACAGUCUGCUACAGCCUCAUCUGCCACAAGAUCUGCAAGAAUCUUCGAGGAAAAACACAGAACUGUGGUCCUUGUGCUGCUCCUCUUGCUGCUCCUGCUGCUGCUAUUUCCUAUGCAGCCACAGCUCAGAAGGGAGCAGAGUGUCAUUCUGGCUCUCGGGUCAGCAGUGUACGCACCAUCUCACGUGCGAAGAUCCGUACAGUGAAGAUGACCUUUGUCAUAGUGCUGGCCUACGUUGCUUGCUGGGCACCCUUCUUCAGCAUGCAGAUGUGGUCGGUGUGGGACAAAAAUGCACCAAAUGAUGAGUCCAGCAAUGUCACUUAUACCAUCACCAUGUUGCUGGCCAGCCUCAGCAGCUGCUGCAACCCCUGGAUUUAUAUGUUCUUCAGUGGGCAUCUCUUUCACAAUGUUGUGUGCUUUUUCUCCUGCUGUGGGAGCCUACACUCCAACCUGAAGAGGCAGUUCUCCAAUGGGAGCCUCUGCAGCCGGAAAACCACUAUCUUGACUCACAGCCCACAGAGCACCCCAGCUGCGACAGGUGUUGGGGUUCAGAUGCAACUGGGGAACUUGAAGGGUUUCUGCCAGCCAUAUGAGGACACAGUGACUGAAUCAGGGGUACUCUAA